GGGGACUAUUACAGUCGAGGCCUUAUCUUUAUGUUGAAAUAGGUCACAUUGGGACGUGUAUGUUGCAAUGAAUUGAUAGUCUUUUCAUGCAAGUGUCGCCAUACACUCCAGGCAGACCACCGUGUACACAGGGCUGAGCUAUUUCUCAAUCUUGUGGUGCAGGUACAUUGUGGUGGGAUAUAGUAAUAACUGUCUUCAGGGAGAGCGGUUGGCGACGACAGGACGCCAUUAUGAUCAUUUCUUGUUUUAUUGGAGUAUGUGUGCUGUUGUUUGGGCCGCUGGUCUCAAGCGCGUGUAACGUUACGCUCUACGCUCAAGGGGAACCGCUGAAUUUCACAUCUCCUAACUACCCAGGCAACUACACGAGCAAUGACAACUGCUAUUGGGACAUCUACCCUCAAACAAGAGGGUACAGCGUUAUACUCGACAUGGUGUUCUCCGAUAUCGAAAGCUCAUCCCGAUCCAACUGUCCAUAUGACGCCCUUACCAUAUACGUAAAAAAUAAUGGUGAUCAAAGAAUAGGCGAGUCAAAAAGAAUUUGUGGACAAAGCAGAUUAAAUAUUAUUACCCGUGAAGACCAACAUAUUCAUGCAGUAUUCGAGACUGAUGGCAGUGUAACCAGAGGCGGUUUCCUUAUUAGAUAUUAUGAAACAGACGGUCACUCUUGUGGAUUAUCAGAUCUUUCCGCCUCUUCUGUUGCAUGGACGAACUUGACUUCUCCUGGCUAUCCUUCAAACUAUUCCAACAACCUGAACUGCCAAUGGACAAUUUCUGCAUCGGUUGGAUAUGAAAUUAAAGUCGAAGUUGUGUACUUUAAUGUGGAAUACUCGACAGCUUGUUCAAGUGAUUACCUUCUCUUCAGUGACGGUUCCACGUCUUUCGCUGCUCAGUUGGGAAAAUAUUGUGGUCGUAGUUACAUCACCAGGGUAGUCGUUAGUUCCAGAAACUACAUGACCAUCACCUUCCACACCGACGACUCUGACACAGCACUAGGAUUUAAUCUGAAAUACAAAGCUGGAACGUUCCUAACUACUACUACAGAAAUAACAAAUGGGCUUAAUUGUGGCAGUCGUUUGCUCAGAGCCUCUACGUCCACCUGGGGACAUUUGUCGUCUCCUGGUUACCCCAACCACAACUACAGGGACAACAUGGACUGCAGGUGGACAGUUUCUGCACCUGCUGGAUAUAAAAUAAAAGUUGAAAUUAUAGUGCUUUCUGUGGAAUUUGAAGCCACCUGUGCAUUUGACUAUCUCCUCUUCAGUGACGGCUCAUCGUCUUUCGCUACUCGGUUGGGUAAAUACUGUUAUGGCACCAGAAACGUGGUCAGCUCCAGCAACGCCAUGACCAUCACCUUCCACACUGACGGUUCUAGAACGGACAGAGGAUUUUCUUUGAAAUACAUGGCGAGGACGUCAGGUGCGAGUGGGGUUAAUUGUGGAAGUUCUUUGCUCAGCGCCUCUACGUCCACCUGGACAUAUUUGUCGUCUCCUGGCUACCCCAACUACAACAACAAUAUGGAUUGCAAGUGGACAAUUUCUGCACCUGCUGGAUAUAAAAUAAAAGCCGAAAUUAUAGCUCUUUCUUUGGAAUAUGAAGCCACCUGUGCAAGAGACUAUCUCCUCUUCAGUGACGGCUCCUCGCCUUACGACACUAAGCUGGGUAAAUACUGUACUGGCACCAGGGACGUGGUCAGCUCCAGUAACGCCAUGACUAUCACCUUCCACACUGACGGCUCUGUGACAGGAAGAGGAUUUUCUUUGAAAUACAUGGCCCGGACGUCAGUUUCAGGUUGUGGCACAGACGAAGAGAUAAACGAAUAUGAAACGAAAUAUAUUGAAUCACCCAAUUACCCUCUGCAGUAUCCAAGCAAUGCAAAUUGUUCAUGGACAAUCAGCAACCGCCUUGAAGGAUAUGUAAUCCAUGUCCAAGUGGUGGAUUUCAACCUGGAGCCACACAACCCGUGUUCCUAUGAUUAUGUGCAGCUCUAUGACGUCACUGGCACAUAUGAACGCUCGCUUGGUCGAUGGUGUGGAUUGAAUGGACCAGAUACACAGAGUACAGGGAUGAGUAUGAAGGUUCGAUUCCUCUCCGAUAGUUCGAACACCUUAACAGGAUUUAAAUUGGCCUUCACGGCUGUCGAGCCAACAUCUUCCUGUGCGAAUGGGUUUAAUUGUGGAAGUUCUUUGCUCAGCGCCUCUACAUCCACCUGGAGAUAUUUGUCGUCUCCUGGCUACCCCAACUACAACUACAACAACAAUAUGGAGUGCAAGUGGACAAUUUCUGCACCUGCUGGAUAUAAAAUAAAAGCCGAAAUUAUAGCUCUUUCUUUGGAAUAUGAAGCCACCUGUGCAAGAGACUAUCUCCUCUUCAGUGACGGCUCCUCGUCCUACGACACUAAGCUGGGUAAAUACUGUAAUGGCACCAGGGACGUGGUCAGCUCCAGUAACGUGAUGACGAUCACCUUCCACACUGACGGCUCUGUGACAGGAAGAGGAUUUUCUUUGAAAUACAUGGCAAGGACGUCAGGUUGUGGCACAGACGAAGAGAUAAACGAAUAUGAAACGAAUUAUAUUGAAUCACCCAAUUACCCUCUGCAGUAUCCCAGCAAUGCAGAUUGUUCAUGGACAAUUAGCACCCGCCUUGAAGGAUAUGUAAUCCAUGUCGAAGUGGUGGAUUUCUACCUGGAGCCACACAGCUCGUGUUCCUAUGAUUAUGUGCAGCUCUAUGACGUCACUGGAACAGAUGAACGCUCGCUUGGUCGAUGGUGUGGAUCGAAUGGACCAGAUACACAGAGUACAGGGAUGAGUAUGAAGGUUCGAUUCCUCUCCGAUAGUUCGAACACCUUGAAAGGAUUUAAAUUGGCCUUCACUGCUGUCGAGCCAACAUCUUCCCGUUGUGGCACAGACGAAAAGAUAAACGAAUAUGAAACGAAAUAUAUUGAAUCACCCAAUUACCCUCUGCAGUAUCCCAGCAAUGCAAAUUGUUCAUGGACAAUCAGCACCCGCCUUGAAGGAUAUGUAAUCCAGGUCCAAGUGGUGGAUUUCUACCUGGAGCCACACAGCUCGUGUUUCUAUGAUUAUGUGCAGCUCUAUUACGUCACUGGAACAUAUGAACGCUCGCUUGGUCGAUGGUGUGGAUUGGAUGGACCAGAUCCACAGAGUGCAGGGAUGAGUAUGAAGGUUCGAUUCCACUCCGAUAGUUCGAGCACCUUCAAAGGAUUUAAAUUGGCCUUCACUGCCUGCGAGCCAACAUCUUCCUCGUCUGUUUCACCGAACCUUGGAGGCAUAAUUGGAGGGGUAUUCGGCGGCAUUGUGGGCGUUGCAAUUGUAACGUGUUGCUGCUGUGGAAUUUGCUCCAGGAAAAAAUCCACAACCAAUGACCAGUCGCAAGGGAACAGAUCACGUGAAGUCAACCUGAACACCGUCUACACUGUCCCAGUCUCAAACUACCCACCAACUACGGCAACUACCCAGCCGGCCAUGUUUACUCCACCUCCAGCUUACAGUGAAGUCGUGAAGGACGACCCUCCACCGUACUGUCAGGCAGUUCCACUAUCAGAUAUACUACCUCUUGUGACGUCGUCCCCUAAUGGCGCAUCUUCAUAUCAAGGGACAGAUAACCCAGCAGGCCCUAGUUGAGUGACAGCUGCACAUGAUGUCCACGUUUUGAAUUGCUGGAGUAAAUAGAAAAUGACACAUACAUGGAUACUCCUUCACACAAAUUAGCGUCUUCAUCCAUUUUAGCAUAUUUAUUAUGACAAAUCAAAUUAUGACAAAUGACAGCAAAUAAUAGCAACUUUAACAAUUGUUCUGAAAACAAACCUAAGAGGUAUACUUUCUAUUAUAUCUGGUUUUUAAUGCAAUUACCUGUAUUUUCACAUUAUCUACAUCCCGAUCUAUUUGGGUCAUGUGGGAUGUUGAUUGUAGAACUGUGCAUAACCAAGGAUCAGAAGUCAACUGAUCGGUAUUCAAUAAAGACUAUCACAAUCAUGCAACAAGCAUGUCACAAUUAUGAAUGGAUGAUAACACAAUUACCACGAUGAGAAACGUCUUGGUCGCGCAGCAUAUACUUGUAAUUGUUUUUGUUUUUUUGUUAUUAAACUAUUUUGUAUAUCAAAUGAU